GAGUGGAAACAUUUAAGAGGGGAAAUUAUUUUUAGUUUCGCAACAGAAUUUUAGUAAAAAUGUUUCUUUUCAUUGUAGCAUCAAUGGGAGCUCAGUUCUCAAUGACAAAAGAUGACAUGCUUGGAAAUAUAAAGAAAAUUGAAGAAAAAUAUGUAACAAACAAGGAAAAGUACAGGAAAUUAAAAGAUGUUCUACAAGAUGAGAAAGACAACAAUGUUGAUAAAAAAGACAAAUCUGCUACUGUGGGUGGUCUAUGGCUGAAAAGGUUUGUUUAUCUCUAUGCUCAAAAUGAUAAUGACUUUCUUGGGCCAUCAAUAAAGUGUCGAACCAGUCUACACAUCUAUGAUGCCUUACCAGACUGUGUACUGUUGGCUUUUCAAUUUUACUAUUAUUUUAUUUAAUUUACCUCGCAUAGA